CUUCCGAAAAGUUACAACAUUAUUCCUGUUCAUUUAGCCGUUUAGCACUAAGUAGCGUAUACGACGCUUUGAUUUAUAACUAAUAUGGAUACCUCACUGACACUCCCGUGUGGCGCGAUCCUGAAAAACCGCAUCGCCAAAGCCGCCAUGACUGAAGGACUGGCCACUUUUGAUGGACGCUCAACCGAUGAGCUGUGUAACUUAUAUCGCGUGUGGGCUGAGGGUGGCGCAGGCUUGUUGAUUACCGGUAAUGUACAGAUUGAUAGCGAACAUCUCGAGCGCAUAGGCAAUGUGAUGAUUGAAGGUACUCCAGACGAGGACAGAAUGGCUCGUCUUCGCAAAUAUGCCGAAGCAGGUACCCGCAACAACACGCAUCUCUGGGCACAGAUUAGCCACGCUGGCAGACAAACCAACCCUACUGUCAAUCAAGCGCCGAAGGCAAUGUCGGCAGUUCCAGUCAAAGUUCCCGGCUUUGGAAACCCUGUCGAACUAACCAUCGCGGAGAUCGAGCAGAUUGUUGAACGCUUUGCAACAGCGGCUCUGGCGUUAAAGGCAGCCGGAUUCACCGGAAUACAAAUCCACGGAGCCCACGGCUAUUUAAUCGCAAGCAGUCUGAGCCCAUUGGCCAAUCUGCGAACAGACAAAUACGGUGGUUCUUUGGAGAAUCGUGCACGCAUGCUUCUGGAUAUUAUCCAUGCAUGCCGUGCAGCUGUAGGCCCCGCCUUCCCCAUUAGCGUAAAGAUCAACAGCGCGGACUUCCAGCAUGGUGGAUUCACGUCGGACGAUUGCUUUGUUGUAGUGGAUUGGCUUCAGAAAGCGAGCGUUGAUCUGAUCGAGAUCUCCGGCGGCACGUACGAGUCGCCUGAGAUGUUCUCAGGCACCAAACUCAAAGCAGAGCAUGACGCCGCCAAGAAGAAAGAGGAGGAGACGAACGCCCUCAAACAGCAGUCCACACUCGCACGUGAAGCUUACUUCGUUAAAUUUGCGCAGCAGAUGCGCGAGAAGGUCAACAUCCCCCUAAUGGUCACCGGUGGGUUUAGAACACGCUCAGUCAUGGAGCAUGCCGUGGCCACGCAGUCUGUGGACGUUGUGGGGAUUGCACGGCCAAUGUGUAUCAUGACAGAUGCACCGCAGAAACUGCUGGACGGGACUGUGGAUAUCCUGCCCUCGUACGAGGACAAUGUGGGUGUGCCGCUUUAUGCCUCGAUAUUCAGCAAGUUCAGAAUUGGCAGGAGUGCGAAUAUUGCAGCGGUGGUGAUGUACUUGUACGCGCAGAUUUAUGCGAUUGCGAGAAAUGGCGUGGCUGAUGAGAACAUGUCGAGAGUAGUUGCGCUGUACAAUGCUUACACGCAUGAUUCUAAGCUCCUUCCCGAGUAUACUGCUUGGAGGAAGGAAGUUAAUACAAAGGCUUGAAUAUACGAAGAAAUAGCAUAGCAGUAUUAAAGCAAAUAAUCUAUA